AUGCGCAAAACACUUCUUCUGGUCUUUAUUCACGGCUUCAAGGGAGGCGAUGAUACUUUUGCCAGUUUCCCUGAGAAAUUGCGCAAUGUAGUGGGCAAGGCACUCCCGGCUGUUAACGUUACAACGGCCGUGUAUCCCAAAUAUGAAACCAAAGGCGAUCUGAAGGAAUGUGUGGGAAGGUUCCGUGACUGGCUACAAAACACGGUCAUUGAUCUCGAGGUUGCAAAUCAAACUGCCUCACCCACUGUCGAUCCCUCUGUCCAUGUCUUCUUGGUAGGGCACUCCAUGGGAGGCAUUGUUGCCGCAGAGACCCUUCUCUUACUCGCAAGUGAGCAACCGAUUCCCAUCAAUGCGACAUCAAACUCCCAACCGGCGCCCCCGACUGAAGAUGAUGCACCUGUUGUGGAACCGGGUACAUUCAUGUUCCCUCACGUUCAAGGAGUACUCGCCUUCGACACUCCGUUCCUGGGUAUCGCACCAGGGGUAGUCUCGUACGGGGCCGAGGGACACUAUCGCAAUGCUACCACGGCCUACAACACUUUCACGGAGGUUGCGGGGAUCUUCGGCUACGGAAAGAGCGCACCCGGCCAGGCUGUUGCCGAAGCCGCAAAAGAAGCCCCAAAGCCUCUACCUCCAACUGCCGAUGCAGCAGCAACACCCUCUUGGCAACGCUGGGGUCGAUACGCCAUGUUCGCGGGAGCCGCCGGAGCCGUCGCUGCCGGCGGUGCUGCAGCCCUUUAUUCCCAACGACAGAACUUGACGGCCGGCUUUACCUGGGUCUCAUCUCAUCUUGAAUUUGUGGGGUGUCUCGCACGAACAUCCGAGUUAAAGCAGCGUCUGGAAGGAUUGGUCAAGGUCCAGGAGGAUCGGGGGAUCGAAUGCGUCAACUUCUACACCUGCCUUGGACAGGGCGCAGGCAAUCUCGUAGCGGAAACGGCAACUGGCAAAACAUCCUUCAGUCAGAAAAUCAUUCGGUCAAAGAACAGAACAUUCUGCAUGCUUCCGUCCGAAGUGGAAGAUGCAGAGGAAGAGGCACCUUCGUCUCGAGCCGGGCUUCAGUGGAAAAAGGCUGUCAACGACCAGGCACCCGACGAGGUGCAGGCACACGUCAGCAUGUUCCUGCCCAAAGAUAACCCAGCAUUCCUCGACCUUGUCGGCGAAACUUGCAAGACCUUGGUGAUCUCGAUCGACAAGGGCUGGUACAACAGUUCAACCGGACCAACGGAAGCGAAUGCACCUCUUCAACAACCGGCAACUGAGGACGACUUCAUGGACGCGGACGAUGUCGUGGUUGUGGAAUGA